AUGCGGGCGCGUUUCGCCGUGGGCACCAGUGGGCUGGGCGAUGAAGAACGGCGCGCCCUGGAGCAGGAGCAGCCUCAGCAUGGCGACCUGCUGCUGCUGCCCGGGGUACGUGACGCGUACCAGAACCUCACGGCCAAAGUGCUGGCCAUGCUGGCCUGGCUAGAUGAACACGUGGCCUUCGAAUUCGUGCUCAAGGCGGACGACGACUCGUUCGCGCGCCUGGACGCAGUACUGGCCGAACUGCGCGCCAACGACCCUGCCCGCCGCCGCCGCCUCUCUCCACGGCUUCUUCUCCGGCCGUGGCCGUGUCCGGCCCGGGGGCCACUGGCCCGCGAGUACCUGCGUGCCUGGCACAGCGAGGAUGUAUCGUUGGGCGCCUGGCUGGCGCCAGUGGACUUGCAGCAAGAGCACGACCCACGCUUUGACAUCGAGUACAAGUCCCGCGGCUGCAAUAACCAGUACCUGGUGACGCACAAGCAGAGCCUGGAGGACAUGCUGGAGAAACACCGGACACUGACGCACAAGGGCCGCCUGUGCAAGCGCAAGGUGCAGCUGCGCCUGUCCUAUGUCUAUGACUGGUCAGCAUCGCCCUCGCAGUGCUGUCAGAGGAAAGAGGGCAUCCCCUGA